CGUUGUAAAAAUUUUAGUUCUUGUAUUCCUCCUCGAGCCUGGAGAUGUCUUUUUCAUUUACACCCGAGGAGCAGGCCCGCGUGCAGGCCGCAGCGGCGCUAGGAUAUUCUCUGGACCCGAUCGGAAAACACGACCUGGCGAUGCUCUGCGUAUUCUCAGUAAUCUACGCUGUGGAUUUAUUUGCUGUGCUCUACCUGCUCUGGAACUGGAACUACCCGCCUAUCAAGUCAAAGGGCCCUGGAUUCCUGGCCGGUGCCUAUAUUGCCAUCGCAUUCUGGUUCAUUGGUGAAAUUCAAGUGAGCGGGCAUAUUCAUUUAAAAGGCACUGCAUAUGCAAACUGCAAGGUGUUCGGAGUCUGGUUGCGUAUCAUCCUUGGUAUCUGUAUGUUCAGCGCGCUGGUCGCUCUGCGCAGCUACUCGCUGUUCUGCAUAUUCGAACUGAAUAAGCCGUACCGGGGACUCAGUCGGUACCUCCCGUUUAUUAUCUACACCACUUUGAUGCUUAUCUACGGGGUUGUUGUGCAGGUGCUCCCAGAUGACAAAACCAUUGUAUAUAAGGGCUUGUUAGAUGUCUGUGUCUACAAAGGCGGUUUCAAGGCGUCGCUGUUUAUCUUUGCCUGGGCAGCCUGGGUGUACGUUGCCAUAGUGAACUGGCAGAUUCGCGGGAUUAAGAGCUCGUUUAACGAGUCGCGGGAAAUGCUGUUCUGUUGCGCCCUGAUUUUUGCUGUUCUGACAUUCGGUACUAUCGUAAACUAUGUGCGGGGUGACUAUCUGUUUGAUCUCCCGCUGCGUCUUGCCAGCACGUGGCUCAACCACAUUGCAUCCAACCUAGUCUGGUGGACAUUGGCCGGAGUUCCUCUCUUCAACUGCAUGUUCCGGCGCGAAAGAUACCUGCGCUACUGGAUGAAAAAGCUAUCGGACGAUGGUCUUCAGCGCCAAUACGAGCAGCAAGCAAAUGUUGCUACCGAUAUUGGCAUGCUCUGCCAACAUGCGGCUUUAGGCAGUCGCUCCUUCAGGUCUUCUAUCAACAACGCAGGGCUGUCAAAUCAGCCAGAGAGCGAUUUCAACUCGAGCCGGUACACUUGCAACACGGUGCAAGCGCAUAGCCUGAAUUUGGCUGCACCCGCACCUUUAGUGUCAACUCGAGCAUUUUACCAGCCUGGCCAUAAUAUGGACGCUCCUUCAGGGGAAAAAACUAUGCGUAUGGACUCGAUACGGGACGCAAAUGCUGUGCUUGAUCGCCAAGUGGAACAGCAGCACGCCUGCAUUACCCAAGAUCGGCUCUAUGGUUCGGCGGAUCAUAUGCCAGAGGCUAGCACACCUUCUGGUCACUCUCCGCUAACCGUGUCAAGAAGCUAUCAUGAGCAAGUAUUUUAUAUAGACUCAAGAUGGGCUGAUGCAGGCGAUGGGGAAAGUCUGAGCGACCAAUAUAGCAGCCGCCGUCUGAUAUGAAUAUCUGUCUAGUUUAAUAUAUGAAUCUCUGUAUCCAA